UCUGCAGGAAACUAUCAGUGGAACCUGGAUGCUGGUAACCAUCAACAUGGUUGGGACCCAUAUACAGGGCUUCCAUCCCACUGGAACCAUGAGGAUCGCAAUGAAAGAGAUCCCGAUUAUGAGCUUGAGGUGCUAUGCUUUCUGGCUUUCGAAACGGUCUUACUUAAUAAUCACCUCAGCACGGACCAGAUUCUAGUGAUAGCGACACUGUCAAGCAGAACACGUCAGGACCUCGGAAGCGAAGAAAGAUAA